CUUUUUUCUUGCUGCCCUGCUGGAGUGAGCCAUGGCGCGUUUGAAGCAGCUCGUAACCACAGGGUCAUCGGCCAACACGUCGACGGACAAGCGGCUGAAGAACGCCGAGCGGUCAUCGUAUUUCGCGCGGAGAGAGGCGGCGAAGGUGCUGAGGAGUGUACUCCAAGGAGACGCUCGCUGCCGAGCCGUCGGCUCCAUCAAAUCCAUCGUCUAUGGUCCCUCCGUCAGGAACAAAAGAGCCACCUUCGCUCUUGUCUGUCAAACCCUCAAGCGUGA